AUGUGGAUGGGUGAAACCAGUGAACCUUGUCUUGAAAUGGAAAUUCGACGGACACGAACUGUUUGGGCGAUGGCCUUUUUGAUAGCUGGUAUGAUGCUACAGUAUACUCAGAUAACGACAACAGCAGCUGCCACCACAGCUGAAGCAACGACAACAGCAGCUGCCACGACGGCUGAAGUAACCACCACUGCUGCUGCCACCACAGCGGAAGUUACGACAACAGCAGCUGCCACAACGGCUGAAGCAACGACAACAGCAGCUGCCACCACGGCUGAAGCAACGACAACAGCAGCUGCCACCACAGCUGAAGUAACGACCACAGCAGCUGCCACCACAGCUGAAGCAACGACAACGGCAGCUGCCACGACGGCUGAAGUAACCACCACUGCUGCUGCCACCACAGCGGAAGUUACGACAACAGCAGCUGCCACCACGGCUGAAGCAACGACAACAGCAGCUGCCACCACGGCUGAAGCAACGACAACAGCAGCUGCUACCACAGCUGAAGUAACGACCACAGCUGCUGCCACCACAACUGAAGUGACGACAACAGCUGCUGCCACCACAACUGAAGUGACGACCACAGCGGCUGCAACCACGGCUGAAGUAACGACAACAGCAGCUGCCACCACAGCUGAAGUAACGACCACAGCAGCUGCCACCACGGCUGAAGCAACGACAACAGCAGCUGCUACCACUGCUGAAGUGACGACCACAGCAGCUGCCACCACAGCUGAAGUAACGACCACCGCAGCUGCCACCACGGCUGAAGUAACGACAACAGCAGCUGCUACCACUGCUGAAGUGACGACCACAGCAGCUGCUACCACUGCUGAAGUGACGACCACAACAGCCGCCACCACAGCUGAAGUAACGACCACAGCAGCUGCCACCACAGCUGAAGCAACGACAACAGCAGCUGCCACCACGGCUGAAGCAACGACAACAGCAGCUGCCACCACGGCUGAAGUAACGACAACAGCAGCUGCCACCACAGCUGAAGCAACGACAACAGCAGCUGCUACCACUGCUGAAGUGACGACCACAGCAGCUGCUACCACUGCUGAAGUGACGACCACAGCAGCUGCCACAACAGCUGAAGUAACGACCACAGCAGCUGCCACCACAGCUGAAGCAACGACAACAGCAGCUGCCACCACGGCUGAAGUAACCACCACUGCUGCUGCCACCACAGCGGAAGUUACGACAACAGCAGCUGCCACCACGGCUGAAGCAACGACAACAGCAGCUGCCACCACGGCUGAAGCAACGACAACAGCAGCUGCUACCACGGCUGAAGUAACGACCACAGCAGCUGCCACCACAGCUGAAGUAACGACCACAGCAGCUGUCACCACGGCUGAAGUAACGACAACAGCAGCUGCUACGACGGCUGAAGUAACGACCACAGCAGCUGCCACCACAGCUGAAGCAACGACAACAGCAGCUGCCACCACGGCUGAGGUAACCACCACUGCUGCUGCCACCACAAUGGAAGUAACGACAACAGCAGCUGCUACCACAGCUGAAGUAACGACCACAGCAGCUGCCACCACAGUUGAAGCAACGACAACAGCUGCUGCCACCACAGCUGAAGCAACGACAACAGCAGCUGCCACCACGGCUGAAGCAACGACAACAGCAGCUGCUACCACAGCUGAAGUGACGACCACAGUAGCUGCCACCACAGUUGAAGCAAUGACAACAGCUGCUGCCACCACAGCUGAAGUGACGACCACAGCAGCUGCUUCCACGGCUGAAGUAACGACCACAGCAGCUGCCACCACAGCUGAAGUAACGACCACCGCAGCUGCCACGACGGCUGAAGUAACGACAACAGCAGCUGCUACCACUGCUGAAGAGACGACAACAGCGGCUGCCACCACAGCUGAAGUGACGACCACAGCAGCUGCUACCACAGCUGAAGUAACGACCACCGCAGCUGCCACCACAGCUGAAGUAACGACAACAGCAGCUGCCACCACAGCUGAAAUAACGACCACAGCAGCUGCUACGACGGCUGAAGCAACGACAACAGCAGCUGCCACCACGGCUGAAGCAACGACAACAGCAGCUGCUACUACGGCUGAAGUGACGACCACAGCAGCUGCCACCACAGCUGAAGCGACAACAGCAGCUGCCACCACAGCUGAAGCAACAACGACAUCUGCUACGACGGCUGAAGCAACGACAACAGCAGCUGCCACCACAGCUGAAGCAACGACAACAGCAGCGGCCACCACGGCUGAAGCAACAACAACGGCAUCAGCUACCACUGCUGAAGCAACGACAACAGCAGCUACCACUACAGCUGAAGCAACGACAACAGCAGCUGCCACUACGGCUGAUGUAACGACCACAGCAGCUGCCACCACAGCUGAAACAACGACAACAGCAGCUGCCACAACGGCUGAAAUAACGACCACUGCUGCUGUAAGUACGGCUGAAGCAACGACAACAGCAGCUGCUACCACUGCUGAAGCAACGACAACAGCCUCCGCCACCACGGUUGAAGUGACGACAACAGCAGCUGCCACCACAACUGAAGCAACGACAACAGCUAUUACCACUGCUGAAGCAACGACAGCAUCUGCCACCACAGCUGAAGCAACGACAACAGCAGCUGCCACCACGGCUGAAGCAACGACAACAGCAGCUGCCACUACAGCUGAAGCAACGGCAACAGCAGCUACCACUACAGCUGAAGCAACGACAACAGCAGCUGCUACCACGGCUGAAGUGACAACAGCAGCAGCUGCCACCACAACUGAAGCAACGACAACAGCAGCUGCCACCACGGCUGAAGCAACGACAACAGCAGCUGCCACCACGACUGAAGCAACGACAACAGCAGCUGCCACCACGGCUGAAGCAACGACAACAGCAGCUGCCACCACGACUGAAGCAACGACAACAGCAGCUGCCACCACAGCUGAAGCAACGACAACAGCAGCUGCUACCACGGCUGAAGUGACAACAGCAGCAGCUGCCACCACAACUGAAGCAACGACAACAGCAGCUGCCACCACGGCUGAAGCAACGACAACAGCAGCUGCCACCACGGCUGAAGCAACGACAACAGCAGCUGCCACCACGGCUGAAGCAACGACAACAGCAGCUGCCACCACGGCUGAAGCAACGACAACAGCAGCUGCCACCACGGCUGAAGCAACGACAACAGCAGCUGCCACCACGGCUGAAGCAACGACAACAGCAGCUGCCACCACGGCUGAAACAACGACAAUAGCAGCUGCCACCACGGCUGAAGCAACGACAACAGCCGCCACCACGGCUGAAGCAACAACAGCAGCUGCCACCACGGCUGAAGCAACGACAACAGCAGCUGCCACCACGGCUGAAGCAACGACAACAGCAGCUGCCACCACGGCUGAAGCAACGACAACAGCAGCUGCCACCACGGCUGAAGCAACGACCACAGCAGCUGCCACCACGGCUGAAGCAACGACAACAGCAGCUGCCACCACGGCUGAAGCAACAACACCACCAGCCACAACACCGCUGGUCACAACACCUUCAGCCACGACCACUACUGUGGCCGCGACUACUACAGCAGCAACCACUACUACAGUCCCUCCGGUAAAUCCCAACACUCAGCGAGCGACACUUAUAAUUGUGACGUUUCCUGUCACUACAACCGUUAACCUGAGUGACACGUCCUCAACUGAAUACAAUGCACUGAAGUCGGAACUCCUAUCUGUGCUGACAUUGCAAUACGCGAAUAUUCAAGGCUUUAUACGCGUGGUAAUCAUACAAAUUACGUCUGGAAGUUUGAUUGUGAGGCACGAGGUUGUCACAGAAAACACAGAGGCGGCGGCUACCGGCGUAACUAAUGCUGUAUCAGAUAUCGGAAGUCAAAAAAACACCUUCCAGCUGAGUGGUCAAACUGUUGCAGCGUCCACCGUCACCCUUUCGCAGCCUGGGUCAUCAGACAUUACUAUCACAGCGGGGACUGACAAAUGUACGGUUUUCUCCCGAACGUUCACCUGUUCCAGCGGUUACUUGUGUCAGACAGUCAACGGAAACGCACAGUGUGUAUUAUCAGAGACAUCUGAUGGAUUUGACCUAGUUGUAGGGCUUGGAGUAGGAAUACCUGUCGCAUUCCUUGCGAUUCUUAUCGGUGUUAUCGUGUGUAUAUACGCCAAACGUUCUGGUCGCAGAGGUAGCAAAGACCUGGAGAGCUUAGACAGAACUCUCGAUGCUGGUAUGCACUAUCCUUCUGGUAUCGCUCCUAAGUUCAACACCUGGGGGCGACCUGCCUACUAUCAUCCCGGAGGCUGGCAGGACCCAGACUCCGACUCAGAAUCUUCCGACAACAAAAAACGAACCAGACGAGAAGCUGAUUUGUACCAGGGCAGAGAUUUUUAUGCGUACGAUAAUCCAGACACUUCAAAUUUCUCCUGGGAUUUUAUGUACCAAUAUGUAGACCCUAAACAAAAGUAUAAAAUACAGAGACCUAAUACGGAGUUAUCGCCUAAUCCUAUGUAUGUGCCAAUCAAACCGGCUCUAGUUUCACUUCAGCCACCCAAAUCGGCCAUAGUUUCACUACUGCCAAUCAAAACCUCAAUGUGUGAUAACAAAUAG